AUGCUCCUCUUGUUCUUCGCGGAAUCAGCUGCAUUUUUGAAGGUGGACACAAAAUUGGAAUUGUUGGCCGCACUGGUUCUCGAAAAAUGUCAGCUACGAGAAGCUGUUCAAGAGAAAGAGGAGAGCCUGAACUCCUUAGUGGUACAAGAUGGAUCAAAUUGGAGCAUGGGACAACGACAGUUAUUUUGCCUGGGUCGAGCAUUGUUGAAGAGGAGGAAGAUAUUAGUGCUGGAUGAAGCCACCGCAUCAAUUGACAAUGCAACAGAUUCAAUCAUCCAGAAAACCAUAAGGACAGAAUUUGCAGACUGCACUGUAAUCACAGUUGCUCAUAGAAUAUCAACAGUGAUGGACUGCACUAUGGUUCUUGCUAUUAGCGAUGGAAGAUUAGUAGAGUAUGACAAGCCAAUGAAGCUACUGAAUGAGGAGGGCUCACUAUUUGGGCAACUUGUGAAGGAGUACUGGUCUCGUUCCAGAAAUGCUAGCGGGCUCUCAGAAGAUUGCCUGAAAAUUGGUAAGAAUUCACUCCAAGUUUUUUUCUACUCCAUUUUCCAGGUUCAAGUUUAUGGAAGGAUAGCUUAUGUUCCUCAGUUAGCAUGGAUCCAAACAGGCACCAUACAAGACAAUAUACUGUUUGGGUCCACCAUAGAUCAACAUAGGUAUCAAGAAGUACUUGAAAAAUGUUCACUAGUAAAGGACCUCGAAAUGCUUCCAUUUGGUGAUCGCACUGUAAUUGGAGAACGAGGUGUCAAUCUCAGCGGUGGGCAGAAGCAGCGAGUUCAACUUGCACGUGCACUAUAUCAAGAUGCAGAUGUGUAUCUCUUGGAUGAUCCGUUCAGUGCAGUUGAUGCACAAACUGCUGGCAGUUUGUUUAAUGAAUAUAUCAUGGGAGCUCUGUCAGGGAAGACGGUCUUACUUGUGACCCACCAAGUUGACUUCCUUCCUACUUUUGGUUCUGUUUUGUUGAUGUCCGAAGGAAAAAUCCUCAAGGCGGCUACCUAUGAUCAGUUGCUGGCUUCCAGUCAAGAAUUUCAAAAUCUUAUCAUUGCACAUAAUGACACUGUUGGUUCUCAGGGAGAGACCGAGUAUGGAUUGCAACAAAGACCAAAAACCUCCAAAGAAGAGAUUCAGAAAUUAAAUGCUCCAGAACAGAUAGGAGCACCUUUAGGAGACCAGUUGAUUAAGCAAGAAGAGAGAGAAACAGGAGACACUGGUCUAAAACCUUAUAUACAGUAUCUGACUCAGAGCAACGGUUUCUUAUAUCUCUUCCUGGCAGUUAUAUGCCACUUCAUAUAUGUAGUAGGGCAGUUGAUUCAAAAUCUUUGGUUGGCCGCUGAUGUACAGGAUUCUAGUACAAGUAUACUGAGCCUGAUCUUAAUAUACACGCUGAUCGGCUGUGGCAUGUCACUCUUCUUGAUCCUUAGAUCUUAUUUAAUUGUUAUUUUAGGUCUUAGGACAUCAAAAUCUACAUUUUUGAAGUUAAUGAUAUCACUUUUCCGAGCACCAGUGUCCUUUUACGACUCAACACCCUUGGGUAGGAUAAUCAGUCGGGUAUCUUCUGAUCUGAGUAUUGUGGACCUUGAAUUGGCAUUCAAAUUCAGCCUUUCUCUAGGGACAACAAUGAGCACGUAUUUUAGCUUUGGAAUAUUGGCAGUUAUUGCAUGGCCAAUCUUAUUUGUCAUUGCACCAAUGAUUUAUGCAACCAUUCACUUACAGAAAUUUUACUUUGCUUCUGCAAAAGAGUUGAUGCGAAUUGAUGGCACAACACGGUCUUCAGUUGCAAGCCAUCUAGCUGAAUCCAUGUCAGGAGCAAUGACCAUCAGAGCUUUUGGAGAGGAAAAUCGAUUCUCCACAGAGCAUUUGCACCUUAUCGAUGCAAAUGCUAGUCCAUUUUUCCACAAUUUUUCAGCAAAUGAGUGGUUGAUCCAACGUCUGGAAGUACUAUGUGCAAUCGUUCUCUCAUCCUCAGCCCUUGCCAUGACUCUGCUUCCUUUUCAAGCUUCUGACUCAGGAUUAAUCGGAAUGGCUCUGUCAUAUGGGCUUUCAUUGAAUGUGUUCGUCGUUAAUUCUGUCCAAAGCCAGUGCAUGCUUUCAAAUUUGAUUGUUUCUGUGGAAAGGUUAGAACAAUACAUGCAUAUUCCCAGUGAAGCUCCUGAAACCAUACAAGGCCACAGGCCAUCGCUCAACUGGCCAACUGUUGGUAGGGUGGAGAUCCAUGAUUUGAAGGUCAAAUAUCGGCCUAAUGCUCCUCUUGUUCUUCGCGGAAUCAGCUGCAUUUUUGAAGGUGGACACAAAAUUGGAAUUGUUGGCCGCACUGGUAGUGGGAAGACAACUCUGAUUAGCGCCUUGUUUCGCCUGGUAGAGCCUACAGAUGGAAAGAUCAUAAUCGAUGACAUAAAUAUAUCUACAAUCGGUCUCCAUGACCUCAGAUCACACUUCGGGAUUAUUCCACAAGAUCCAACCCUUUUUAUUGGACCUAUAAGAUACAAUCUGGACCCCUCAUCCGAGCAUACUGAUCAUGAAAUAUGGGAGGUUCUCGAAAAAUGUCAGCUACGAGAAGCUGUUCAAGAGAAAGAGGAGAGCCUGAACUCCUUAGUGGUACAAGAUGGAUCAAAUUGGAGCAUGGGACAACGACAGUUAUUUUGCCUGGGUCGAGCAUUGUUGAAGAGGAGGAAGAUAUUAGUGCUGGAUGAAGCCACCGCAUCAAUUGACAAUGCAACAGAUUCAAUCAUCCAGAAAACCAUAAGGACAGAAUUUGCAGACUGCACUGUAAUCACAGUUGCUCAUAGAAUAUCAACAGUGAUGGACUGCACUAUGGUUCUUGCUAUUAGCGAUGGAAGAUUAGUAGAGUAUGACAAGCCAAUGAAGCUACUGAAUAAGGAGGGCUCACUAUUUGGGCAACUUGUGAAGGAGUACUGGUCUCAUUCCAGAAAUGCUAGCGGGCUCUCAGAAGAUUGGUAGUGAGAUUAUUUUUUGUAUUACCACGAAAGUGCCUUCAUGAAAAGGAACGUCUGCUAUUAAGCCACGCAAAGUUAACUUCAAUAUGUGGUCCUGUGCCUCGUAAGUUUAGAACUAGAUUGGAACAUGGUCGGUGAAUUGGACGUGAAAUCGAUAUGAAAUUUGUGUUUAUAUUUAUUUAUCGUAAUUUUGG